AUGGGAAUUGCCGAUUAUCUGGUUGAGUUCUUAAACUCACUGGAUCCACAACGAGCUCCCCCUCGUUGCCUUCGAUUGAAAAUGAGCGCUCCAAUCAUGCCUCUGCAGACCUUUUCCCAACCGAAGCUGUGCAGUGGUACAAGAAUUGUUGUGAAGAAAUUAACGAGAAAUAUCAUAGAAGCCACAAUAAUUUUUGUCUUUGGAAAAGGUGAAGAUAUAUUUAUGCCUCACUUAAGUUUAACACCUUCAAAUAUUCGCAUCGAAUUCAAACGACUUCAAUUUCCAAUACGUCAGUCUCUUGCGAUGUCCAUUGAUAAGUACCAAGAUCAGACUUUCAAAGUUACUGCUUUGCAAUUAGAGAAGGGUUGUUUUUCACACAGACAUAUCCUGGGGUUCCAGAGUGGGGAGCAAAGACAAUUUUAUCAUUUUCACCCCUACAGGUAA